UUUAAUCAAUUACUUAGUACUGAAGGUCUUUCAAGACAUAAAUUCACUUGGUUACAAAACUAACCCUCGCGAUAUCGAUUCAACAACACGGCAAACACAAUCCUAUCACUACAACCAUGGACAAGCCGGAGAAAACCGAGUUGGUCUACGAAUACACGAAACGACGGAAGGAGUUUGGAAAGCAGCUCCUGUUCGAAGACCAUGGCCCUGAAAUGCGAGCGAGUAUACCAUGCAACCCAGCGCUAUACAAGAACUACAUCCUUCGCAAUCCCAUACAUGCCGGCGUACAACAUACGUGUUCUAUGUCGGAACACUGGGUGAAUUCAGAAAGAACUCAAUACUCGUGUUCAGGCGUCAAUCACGUCGAGGGUGGAUGGCCGAAAGAUAUCAACAUGGCUGACCCCGAAGCCACUCAGAGAUACCGGCGCAAGAUCGAGAAAGACGAUGCGUAUAUUCACGCCGUCAUGCACUUGGGCCAUAGUAUGGAGCACAAUAUUCUCCAGAACAACGCGCUAGACAUGUACCAGAUAUACUACUCGGAGUUGCCCGCCAUAUCGCCGGUGGAAAAGAGCAGUUGCCAUACAGUUAACGUAUAUCGUGAGCCAGGAGCCCGACGGCCUGUGCGUUCGCUCUCAUGGCAAGCGGAAGGCGGAGCUCGCCUGGCCGCUGCUCACGCUGACGUAGACUUGACCAGGGCUAAUAGAAUCCAGCAGUUGUCAUACAUUUGGGACAUAGAAAACGCCAAUGCGCCAGAAUUAGCCAUCAGGCCACCACAACCUUUAUUAGAUUUGCAAUAUAACCAACGAGAUCCAAAUAUACUCGUCGGCGGGAUGUUGAAUGGCCAGGUAGGCUGGUGGGAUAUGCGCAAGGGCGGCGACCCGGUAGGCGUCUGUCCACCAUACGUAGCGCAUCGAGACCUCGUCAGGAACGUACUAUUUAUAAAUUCGAAGACGGGCGCAGAGUUCUUUUCUUCGUCACCAGAUGGCGUCGUAAAAUGGUGGGACACGCGAAACAUGAGCGAACCAACAGAUUCCAUGAUAAUCGACAUUGUUAAAAAUCCAACAGAUGUACCGAGUGUCGACAGAGCAAUAGGUAUAUCCGCCUUAGAAUAUGAACCAACUAUACCAACAAGAUUCAUGGUUGGAACCGAAACUGGGUUGGUAAUAGGCGGAAAUAGAAAAGGGAAAAAUGCUGUGGAGAAACUUCCAUCAAAAUAUGAAGCCCACCUAGGUCCGGUAUACUCUCUCCAAAGAAAUCCUACGUUCUUGAAGAACUUCCUAACUGUCGGUGAUUGGACGGCUCGAGUAUGGAGCGAAGAUUGUCGGGAGUCAUCAAUUUUAUGGACUUAUUCUCACCGGACAAAACUUACUGAUGGAGCGUGGAAUCCGAUUAGGUUCUCAUUAAUUUUAGUCACGCAAUGGGAUGGGUGCUUAUCUUGUUGGGAUUUGCUAAGAAGGCGUAGUGCGCCCAUAGUUACAGCGCAGCUAUGUGACGAACCGUUAUUACGUCUUCGACCACAUGAAGGGGGUCUCUUGGUAGCUUGCGGUAGCAGCAAAGGAACCGUAUAUUUAGCGGAAUUAUCAGAGAAUUUGGGUACAGCAGACAAAAAUGACAAGCAGCUUCUGACUCAUAUAUUAGAUCGUGAAAACAAACGCGAGCGCAUACUCGAAGCCCGCAUGAGGGAACUGAGACUGAAGAUGAGACAAGACAGAGACAACGGACAGCAAACUUCAGAGGGUGACGCCACGGGCGCCGACAGGGACUUGGAGGAAGCUACGGCCGAAUACAUGCAAGCUGUUAGUGAACUACAAGCGCAGCAGAAGACUCCUUAGUUCUGAAUAUUCAAGCACUUCCACAAUAUUAUCCUGUUUAAUUGGCCUUGAUCUAUUUAAUGUCGCCUAUUACUUUACUAUGCCUUUUCUGUUACUGUUUUUAAAAUUAAGUAUUUAAAUUAUGAAAUUAGACCUGCUCUAAUCAAAGUAACCUCUAUUGU